GGUCUCAUUUUUGUACUGGUGCAAAACCCAUCUAUGUUUCGGUCGGUGGUGAAGCGAUCGGGAACUUUAGGAUGACAAGAAACUAAAUCCGAAUCAGGCGGUGGUGUAGGAUGUCUAUCGAGGCUGAAGCGUUGCUGCAGGAGGCCAAGGAGAGCAUAGAGGCCGCACAGAACUACAGGAGUGAACUGCAACAGCGGCUGCAUGGGCUCAGCCAGGCUCGCAAACAGGUUCGAGGCACCUCGUCUCAGGCCAGGGAGGGUUUGAAGCGGCAUUUCUCUGAGCUACAGUCGGCGGUGACCCAACUCCUGGCCGAUCGGCUGAGCGUGCUCCUGAACGAGGUGGAGGUCAUCGAGCAGGACAGCAUACGCCCGCUGGACGACUGCCAGAAGCUCAUCGAGCAGGGAGUCAGCACCGCAGACGAGCUACUACGAGAAGGUGAGUUGGCUAUCCGUUGCGGUCUGGGGGAGAAGGAAGACCAGCUGGGCAGUUUCACCAAGAAGGCCCUUCAUAUUCAGCUGGACAGUCUGCCAGAGGUGCCUGCGUUGGUAGACGUGCCGUGUGUGUCUGCCCAGCUGGAUGACUCUCUGCUGUACGCGCUGAGGGAGAGGGUGUCCCGACACGGCUCGGUCUCCUCACACCCCCCGGUUCAGAUCGAGGAGCUCCAGGAGAGGCCUGGGAGUGUGUUGGUACGCUGGUGUAAGGUGGAUGAUGAUUACGUGGUGCAGGACUAUCGUCUGCAGUACCGCCGCGCCGUGUCCGGUCAAUAUGAAGACGCCUACAUCGGCCGGGAGCAGGAGUUCCUGGUGCUCCACCUGGACCCCCACACGGACCACCUGUUCAGGGUGUGUGCCCGCGGGGAGGGACGCACUGAGUGGAGCCCCUGGAGUGUCCCGCAGACAGGAUACACCACCCUGGCACCACACGAGUGGUGUCCAGGCAGCGAGGGCUACAUCCUGAGCAGUAGGAGGAACAUCGCCAUGCGGAGUGACUCCUCCCCCUCCAAAGCCACCGUCCUCUACUCCAACGCCCCGACGUACUUCUGCGGACAGACGCUCACCUUCAAGAUCUCUGCAGCCGGUCAGGUGGACACGCGGGACAGCAUCGGGGUGUGUGUGGGCUGUGAGGAAGGGGCGGAGUCUCUCCAGAGGGACCAAGCUGUCUGCAUCUCCACAAACGGAGCUGUAUUUGUCAAUGGGAAAGAGAUGACCAACCAGCUGCCUUCCAUUACCCUCGGCUCUGCUGUGACCUUUGACAUGGAGGUGGUUAACAUACUUCCUGUUAGCAAUAACAACAACCUCAGCGAUGGAGGCAACUUCAAGCUGAGGGUUACAAUUGGUUCUGGGAACCGGGAAGUGGUGUUUGAUUGGCUGCUUGAACAGGCGGUGGACUGCCUGUUCUUUGGCUGCUCCUUCGCCUACCCUGGUUGGAAGGUGCUGGUGUUCUGAAGCUGCUGAUUGGACAGCAGCCUCAUCAGUCAACGCAAAGGGACUUGCAGGAUGGCAGUCUUGUCUGCUGGAGUAGGGCAUGCCUGUCAACUCCUGAUUGUUGUCCUUUCCCAGAUAUUCCUAGACCAUAGCCUUAGACACUUACACUAGACCAGGGGAGUCCAAACAGUUCCAUGGAGGGCUGAGUGUCUGCAGGUUUUUGUUUUUUUCCUAUAAAUUGGUUCCCAGUUCACAC